CAAAGUUGCCAAACAGAAUCCUAACUGAGGGGUUUAUGGCUGACACUGAAGGUGGAAUUGAAAUCUUGAAAUAGUUACAUAAAAAGCAGAGAUUUUAAUGGGGGAACCCGGUAAUGGCUACGACAGCAGCAGUGGGGAGGAAGAUGGAGAUGCCAGGUGGAGGGCUGCCAUCGAAUCCGUCGCCGGAACUACCAGCUACAUCUCUUCUUUCAUGAAUGGCUCUUCCUCUGCCUCCAAGGAAAAGUCGCGAGCCAAACCCAGUGAUGACGACGACGAUGGACAGCGGAAACCCAAAACCCAGCAGAUGAAGCACUACCAAGUCAAGGCACAAAGGCUUUUGGAUGACAUCAUAGAAAACACAUUAGAGAUUGUAAAAGAGCCUAUGCCCAUCCUGGAUGAGGAUCCCAAGAUCCAAGAAGGUGGCGUUCGCCUAUUCAAACAUGCUCAGCCAGGAAUAGUGUUUGAUCAUGUUGUGUAUAUGCCUGCAGAUGAGCCCGAGCCACCAAGAAAAAGACCUAGAAUACUUCCUGGAGAGGAUAUUGAUGAGAAAUCAAAGAAGUUUAAACGGCAGGUUCGCUCUGUUGCUGUCAAUGGGAGAGAUAUUAUGGCUUCAGCAGAAGAUGCAUAUCAGAAGGCUUUGGCUAGACUAGAAGCUAGAGAUGCGGCAGCAAAAGCUGCCGCCCAGAGAGAAAAGGAAAGAGUUGAAAAUUUGAAAAAGGUUAGGGGAGAGAGAUGGUUACCUUCCAUGGCCCGGGACAUGCAGCUUGGGUAUAAACACUGACAGUGGCUUAGAGGAGAUCUUCGGUGCUAAUUCCUUCCGUGUUGGAGCUAAUGUAUUACAAGUGAAAUAGAAGGAUAAAGAAUUGGAAUGGUUCAAAUUAGUGAUGUGUUGAAGCUAAUGAAAUUAAACGAGGGACGUUGUAUCAAAGGAAUUAAAUGAGGGACGUAAUAAAAUUGUUGCAAAAAAUUAUAAAUUCUUUCUAGCUGAAAAUUUAAUUGG